AUGGCUUCAUCAAAAGAAGAAGUGGAAAUUUCUAGACUGAUGAGUUUUCUACAAGAGUGGGACAAUGGCACUAAAGCUGUCCGACAUCGUAUGUUGAAUGACUUCAUAAAUACAAAUAAAGGUAAAACUGGUCCAGAGCUUGAACUGCAGUUUGCUCAAGGUGCCAGUCUGUUUCUCACAAGAUUGACAGCAUGGCUCAGAUUAACAUAUAUGGUUGGUACCUGUUUAACUGAACAAUUACAAGCCAUUGGUGUAUUUUUGUCUGCAACAAGUGGACAUCGAUAUAUGAUAGAAGUUUUAGAAGUUGGUGGCCUUUUGACGUUUCUGGAAAUUCUGAAAUUGAAACAGUUGCGAGAAGAUAAUAAACAAGAAUCAUUAAAGUUGCUUCAAAUUAUUGCAAAUGCUGGACGAAAGUACAAGGAACUAAUCUGUGAAAGCUAUGGUGUGAGAAAUGUUGCAGAGUGUUUGGCAAAUGCAAAAUUGGAAAAGACCCAAGAACAGGCUCAGAUCUUACUGGAAUUACUAGCACAAGGCAACCCAAAGUAUCAAUUACAAGUGUACAAAGGAUUGAUUGCAUUAUUACCAUGCACCUCCCCAAAGGUACAAAAACUGGCUCUUCAAACACUGAUGACUUUGCAGCCAAUUGUGAAGAUCGUACACCCUUGCAUUGUGGAACCACUUUUGAACAUCUUGAAAACUGUUCACUAUGAAGUGCAAUAUGAAGGAAUCGAAUUUAUCAAGAUACUCCUGAAUUAUAAUGUACGAAAGGCUCUGCUAGAAGGAUUAGUUGCACGUCUUAAUCCAUCAAGAGAUGACAUAAAGGAUCGACCAAAAAUUCUUGAUGAUGAACCCACAACAACUCUUACAGAAUCCCUACCUUUGUUUGUACAGCAGACGGCAGCAGCAAAAGUUAUUGGUUUACUCAUUCAAGAAUCUGCUGGGAUAGCUGAGGAAUUGUUGCAACUUAGAGUGGUGCAUCACCUCAUGAUUGCUAUGGGAAAUCUGAAUCAUGCUGACAGCCAAAGACAAGCCAGUUUGACAUUGGAACCUGGUGUUAUAAUUGAAGUUGAAGAAAACAACUUCAAAAUUAGAUUGAAACAUUUAUGCAUUGAAAUUUUCUAA